AAUGCGUCGACGGAUGUCCGUCCGUAUGUAAUCCUUCGGACCACCCGCACUUUGAGGUGCGCGCUAAAAAUGUACGCUUCUCGAGUCCGGUGAUCUCAUUCACGGAGCGAUGUGAUUGCUCCAAAGGUGAGGUCUCGUUUCCCCGCCCGUUAUCGCCGCUUACGAGUUUUUACUUGUUGAUCGAGAUAACGGGGCCUACGAUAGUCAAAACACCCUCGAAAGAUAACUCUCCUCAUACUGGCUGGCUCUUGACCGUGAGAUUACAAACUCAGCCCAUCCGGU